AUGCCUCAGCAGUCGCCCUACCAGAUUGACAUCCCGGCCACUGAUAUACUCUCCUAUGUCUACCCCGANGGAAAGGAACCUUAUGACAAGCCAAUAUGGAUCGAUGCCGACGAUACUGGAAACUCCCUGUCACCCAAACAAGCCUUGGUCUGGAUCAAGAGGCUUGGCUUGGGUCUCGAGAAUCUCAACAUUGGCCGGAACGAAGUAGUCAUGAUGUUUUCUACCAACCAUAUAUUCUGUCCAGUCGCUUAUCUGGGUGUCGCUGGAAGCGGUCGCGUAUUCAGCGGUUGUAACCCUGCCUAUACUGUCAAAGAGAUUGCUUUCCAGAUCACCAAUACUGGGGCCAAGAUCAUUCUGGUUGAUCCUAGUUUACUAAACAAUCUCCUCAAGGCUGCAGACCAAGUCAAAUUCCCUCGUGACAACAUCUUCCUCUUCUUGGACAAACCAUGCAAAGCUCAACAAGGUAUCAAGGACUGGAGCUCUUUUCUUCCUACUCAAGAGGCUGCAGAGAGCUGGCGAUGGCACCACAUGUCAGAAGCAACCAGAGAGAUUUCUAGGUUUCCUGCCACUAAAGANUACCACGCCUACGGACAGCUAUGGUCGAUCACUGCCGCCGCGAUUACACAGACGCCUUGCUACUACAUGCGAGCCUUCAAUUUCGAACCUUUCCUAUCGCAUAUCCAGCGGCACCGUAUUACUCACAUCCAAACAGCGCCUCCAGUUCUGGUCAUGUUGGCCAAGCGACCAGAGACCAAGAAGUACGACUUAUCAUCGCUAGUCAACAUUCUCUGCGGUGCCGCGCCCCUCAGCAAGGAAUUGCAGAACGAGGUCAGCACAAAGUUCAAUCUCAAAGUCGUUCAGACAUGGGGCAUGACCGAAGUGACUUGCUCAUGUUUACAUGUUCCUGGCGGAAUGGACGAUCGCAGCGGAAGUGUUGGCCUAGUCGACCCAAACUCGACCAUCAAACUCAUCGACGAAAGCGGAAAUGAAGUCACCAAACCAGGCCAACGAGGAGAAAUCUUUGUGCGCGGUCCAAACGUAUGUAUAUUCCUUGCCUUCACACAAAUCCCUACUAAUCGCGCCUCCAAANNGAUCACCCACCUAGGCUAUUGGAAAAACGACAGCGCCACAAAAGCCUCCUUCGACAGCGACGGCUUCCUCAAAACCGGCGACGUGGCCAUCUACGACGAAAAAGGCUGGUUCUGGAUCGUCGACCGCGCAAAGGAAAUCUUCAAAGUCAAUGGCUUCCAAGUCGCCCCCGCCGAACUCGAAGCCGUAUUGCUCGAAAACGACGACAUUGCCGAUGCUGCCGUGUGCGCGCUCAACAAAGAUCAUGAGGAUUUGCCUAGAGCGUAUGUGGUGCUGAAGGAGACGGCUAGAGGCAAGGUCAGAGAGAAGGAUGUGGUGGAGUGGAUAGCAUCAAAGGUUGCCAAGCACAAGAGGCUUUCUGGGGGUGUCAAGUUUAUUGAUGAGGUGCCCAAGAGUCCGAGUGGAAAGAUCCAGAGGGUUGUGUUGCGUGAGUGGGCAAAGAGGGAUGCAGACCAAGGCACAGAGAUAAAGGCUAGAUUGUAG